AUGGACAUUAGAGAGAAUGCAGCAAUAACCUGUAUAACUAUGAAAGGUUUUGUUUUAAUCAGCAUUCUGGCGGCUCUGACGGCCUCUGAAGGCUUAUCGAGAGAAAGAAGACAGCAUGAGUUUUCUGGUUUCUCUUUCCCCCACUCCUCUUCUUCGUCCUCUUCGUUCUCCUCCUCCUUUGAAGGUACAGGAGAGAUGUGUCUGAAUGGAGGCAGCUCCGUCCCGUCCCUGACUUCUGGUGAACACAUGUUCUGUUUGUGUAACGACGGUUUUGAGGGGAUUCGAUGUGAAAAAGUGAAAGGUGCUGACUGCUUCGAGGGAAUGGGACUCUACUACAGAGGGACACAGUCCAAAUCAGAGAGCGGACGGAUAUGUGUGGAGUGGGAUUCAGACACCAGAUGGCGGUUCAUGUCUUCAGAUGUCCAUUCAGGGAGGCACAACUACUGCAGAAACCUUCUCUACAAACGGCGUCCGUGGUGUUUGGUGUGGGAAAACCAGCAGCUGGUUUGGGAGUAUUGUCGUAUUCCACGUUGUGUUAUUGAGUCGUGUAAGUACACUCUCUCUCUAAAGUCUUCCAAUAAAAUCAGAGCUAAAUUACAUGUUUCAUCCCCAGCUGCAGAGUUGACAUGUGGCCAACGCUCCAGGAGAAAGCAGACGAAGAUCGUGGGAGGAACAGUUGCCACUGUGGAAUCCCACCCGUGGGUCGCUGCCAUAUUCCGGCGCAGCAAAUCCCAGAAAAAGGUUUUCCUCUGCGGGGGGAGUCUGAUCUCGGCCUGCUGGGUCCUCACAGCUGCCCACUGCUUCCCUGGCGGUUCCCACGCCAAACACCGCCGCUUCUCCGUCAUCCUGGGGAAGGAUGUCAUGAAUGAGACGGACCCGACUGUGGAGCAAACGUUCAGGGUGGAAGAAAUCAUCCUCCAUGAUGGGUUCGACAACAGUGAGGGGAACUACAACAACGACAUCGCUCUUCUGAAGCUGAAGGCCAAAUAUGGGAAAUGUUCAGAGGAGAGCGACUCGGUGAGGACCGUUUGUCUGCCGCCGCCUCAACAGAAACUCCAGCCGGGAGUCACAUGUGAGAUCGCCGGAUACGGGAAAGAGAAUCAAAGUUUGUGGUACAAGUCUCAGUUCCUCAGAGAGGCUCAGGUGAACCUCCUCGCCGACGACGUGUGCCGACACCAGGACUAUUAUGCAAACAUGAUCAGCGAUAACAUGUUUUGCGCCAGUGUUCCCGACUGGAGCCAGGACGCCUGCGAGGGAGACUCUGGAGGGCCUCUGGUGUGCGAGGUCGGCGACAGGCUCUUCCUGUUCGGGGUCGUCAGCUGGGGCGAAGGUUGCGCGAAGAAGAAUCGACCCGGCGUGUACACCACAGUGACCAACUACAACGGGUGGAUAGAGGAGAAGACGGGGCUGUCAUCCAUCACUAAAGGAUCCAUGUUUCCCCAGAAGUGA